GUCUGAUUUUCAAGGCCAGCCCUGGCAGAAGUUAGCAGCACCCCUCUCAGUCGUUGGCAAGCUGAGUGUUGCGGUGUGUGUGCUGACGGUCCCAGCUGUAGGGGUUUGGCCCUGAGCAAUCUCGGGACUACCUGAAAAAGCAAGAGAGGCCCUGGGACGCAGAGCACCUGCCGGGCAAGCUUCAGGCCCUAACACUUUGAAACAAGUUAGGCUAAUUUGCUUUUCAUUAUUUUCAUUUCUUUUUUAUCUUUAAUCAUCCCUUUUAAGUACAUUUAAAGGGCAUCUACAUGGUUGUGCUUGUGUCUGCAUGGUUGUGUGGCGGCUCAAGGGUCUAGCAGGCACCUGACCCCUGGAGGUGACCACAAAGCCCUUGCAGUGCCCUGCUGGGUGUGCAGGGGCAGGGGUCACUGCACAGGACGGCGUGACUUAGGUGUGGGCCUUGGGUCAGACAGUGUGACUGGCCAGCCUCACGAAGUUCAUACUUUCUGUAGAAAGGAUGAGGCCUGUGGUCACGGAGGCUUGGCCUGCCUAGUAGCAUUGUGUGCUUGUGUGGUAUCCCUGUCUGCCCAGGGAGGGAGUACGGGCUCCACAGCUGGACUGUGCCCUGGUGCUCCUCCCUGGGCUAGCUUUGAGGCUGCGCCACACAAAAGUAGAGCUCUGUGUGGCCGGUUUCGCAGGCAGUGGGCUUCUAUUCCUCAUUGAGCUUGAGGGUCUCAGGGACCCAGAAACCUUGUGGUUGGUGUGAAGGUGAGGGUCCUGUGGUUGUGUAAGAGGUGAGGGUCCCGUGGCUGGUGUUGGAGGUGAGGGCUCUGUGUCUGGUGUAGGAGGUAAGGAUCCUGUGGUGGUGUUGGAGGUGAGGGUCCUGUGGCUGCUGUUGGAGGUGAGGGCUCUGUGGCUGGUGUUGGAGGUGUGGGUCCCAUGGCUGGUGUAGGAGGUGAGGGCUCCGUGUCUGGUGUUGGAGGUGAGGGCUCCGUGGCUGGUGUUGGAGGUGAGGGCUCCGUGUCUGGUGUUGGAGGUGAGGGCUCCGUGUCUGGUGUUGGAGGUGAGGGCUCUGUGUCUGGUGUUGGAGGUGAGGGCUCCGUGUCUGGUGUUGGAGGUGAGGGCUCCGUGUCUGGUGUUGGAGGUGAGGGCUCCGUGGGUGGUGUUGGAGGUGAGGAUCCUGUGGUUGUGUAGGAGGUGAGGGUCCUGUGGCUGGUGUUGGAGGUGAGGGUCCUGUGGCAGGUGUAGGAGGUGAGGGUCCUGUGGCAGGUGUUGGAAGUGGUUCUGUCAGUGCUUACCUCCUGAUGUCUCCAUGCAGUGGUCUUGUAAUCUAUUCCCAGUGGAUGCCUUGCUUUGUGGUUCUGAAGCGGGCCCAGCUGUUCCUGUGUCACAUCAGUGCCGUUGAUUUGGAGCUGGUGCCUGUGCAGGACGCAGGCCUAGAGUCUGGAAAUGGCAGGAACCCGGUGUGAUGACAGUGGCUGUCUCAGCCCUGGCACGUGGGGGAUUUCCAGUUUGAGGCCAGUUUUGGCAACUUAGCAAGACUUGCCUCAAGAUAAAGUUUGACAAAGGACUGAGGACAGCUCAGUGGUAGAGCCCUGGUUCAGUCUCAGGCACCACACAGACUAAUAUGGGAACCACACGCAGAAUGCCCCUCCCUGAGCUCAGGUGUGGCAUGUGACACCAGCAAAGAGGACACAGGGGCGCAGUGGCUGCGCACUGGGGCCUGCCUUUGGAUUGCAGCCAAGCUGUGGGAGGCGCAUGGCCCAGCUCUGUGGAUGUAGGACUGCGGGGGCCAAGGACCCGCCCUGGGUGGUCCAGAAAAGCAGCAGAGUUAGGCAGGCAGGCAGGAGGAGAGCAGGCAGGCCGGCAUCUCAUGCCUCCUGAAGGGGCAUUGAUGGUUGAUAUGGUGAGGCUUCCCUUCUUUCUCCUCCAAGCCCUGGUCCAGGUCCCCCUCUCCAGUGCUUCCCGGGGCCCUGUCCAGCCCUGCUGCGAGCCUCCUGCUGCCUGGGCUGCUCUGCAGCCCACACACGUGCCACUUCUCGGUCCCUGAGGUGUUUGAAACAGUGAAGCACUCUGCAAGCAGAAUCACACACAGAAGUAGCAAGGUCAGAGCCUUUGCCAUCAUGCCCGUAGGAAGCCAGCAGAGGCAUGACUUAGAGAGCGGGGACUUCAGCUUUACUAGUAAAGCUCUGUUCUUAAAGCGUCCAUGUUACUGUGUACAUCUACAUACAGAUGAAAAGAGACAACCACAAGCCACAUUGUGGAUAGUGGGUGAUUGUGAAGGAAGGCAAUAUACUUCUUUUUGUGUGUUGUGCUGGGGCUUGAAUUUAGGGUCUGGGUGC